AUUGUAGAGGAAGGAUAUUAACUUCAAGCUAGAACAGUUGUUUGUAAAGCAAAAAUCAUUAAAGAACGUCGGACGCAUCUGAGGUCCAAUUUCAGGAGCACCUAUAUCGAUAUGAUACCACACUGAUCAUUGUCAACAAAUAAAGAUAUUAUGGAAUCAAACGUAUGAUUACAAAUAAAAAUCGAGAAACACUGCCAUAAGAAGAGAUAACUUACAUCCGAUGGUUAAAUAGCAUCUCUCCACGGUACAAAAAUGUCAAAGACGUAUACAUAUUUCGGAGGAGUUCCUCCAAACUUAACAGACAUAUUUAUUGAAUCAAUGCCAUCUACGGAACCGCCUAUUCAAUCGGCAUCCACAUCAUUACCAUCCUCUUUAGAAGUUUUCAGAGUUCAAUAUGCGGCUAUGCACGGAUAUGUCAGCGCUUUUGUUUGUGUCUUUGGGAUCGUAGCUAAUCUUGCUAAUAUUGUGGUUUUAACGAGAAAGAAUAUGCUAACGUCGACAAACUUGAUUCUUACAUGGCUGGCUGUUACAGAUUCAUUAAAGAUGGCUGAUUAUCUAAUGUUUGCAAUAGAAUUUUACAUAUUGAAAGAUUCAAAUCUUCCAUAUUUAGCAGUAAAGAAUAUCCAUUCUGUCCGAUUUCUAUUAUUCCAUGCAAGUUUUGCAUUGGUUUGUCACAAUAUUGCAAUAUGGCUUACAAUAUCUUUGGCAACCUUCCGGUUUUUGUAUAUAUGGUUUCCGAACAGGGGAAUGGUGUGGUGUUCAAUAGAACGAACUAAAAUAAUGGUUGCGGUUGUGUACAUUAUUGUUAUAAUAAUCUGCAUACCAAAUUAUAUGAUUAAUUUUAUUGGACCUCUUCCUACUCCGGCCAAUUUCACGGGAAAUGCAACAGAAGAGAUUUGGACUGUUUUUAUGGUCAAGGAAGGGAAUGCCUUACACACAAUUAAUUUCUAUAUUCAGGCAAUAAUGAUCAAGCUAGUGCCAUGUAUAAUGCUGUCAAUUUUGACUUUCCUUCUUAUUUAUGCUAUGCACAAAGCAUACAAAAAACGACUUGCCCUUAUGAACCAGGGCAAGAAAGAAGAAUCAGAUCGACACCAUGAACAUAAUCGAACAACAGGAAUGCUGUUGGCAAUAGUAGUUUUGUUUUUAAUUACGGAGCUUCCCCAAGGAGUUUUGAGUUUACUGAUUAUAUUUAUACCAGAGUUACAAAACACUGUUUACAACAACAUCGGAGAUGUCCUUGACAUUGUUGCUUUGUGUAAUAAUGCAAUCAAUUUCGUAUUAUACUGCAGUAUGAGCAAACAAUUCCGAGAUACAUUCGUCCGAAUAUUUUGUAAAUGCUGUCCAAUCGGAAAACCAAAUCUGUCUCGACUUAAACUGAUCACUAACAAUAAAAAUGGGCAUACGAACUACGAAACGAAUUCAAAAGCAACUUAUGUAUAGAAAUUCAUUAUAAACUUAGAGAAGAAUGCCAAAAACGUAAUAGUCUGUGAUAUGUAUUAAUAUAGGAUUAGAUGUGUUCAUUCUGUGUUUCCAUGACUUUUUGCGACUGUUAUCAGAUGUUGUAAUGCUACAUCAAAGAAGUGAAUAUAUUAUUUAUUCCAACAUUAGCAACAUUAUUCAAAAAAAUAAUCAUUAGUGUUAAACAUAGCAAUACAUAUGAAUUUAAAGGAAUGCGAACCAUAUUUGAAUUGUCUUUAACAAAAAAUGUCGAAUACCCUGCAAUAGAAGUACAGCAAUAAAUUCCAUUCCUGUUUACCAGGGAAUGUUCCGAAAUAUUGAUACAGUUUUUACAAUUUAUGGAAGAAAGAUAAAAACUAACUGAUAUGAUUCUUUCAUUGUUAAUUAAUAUUAAAAUUUCAAUUAUAAUUUUCCAGUUUACAACAAAACUUUAUGCUAAUUAUAUCACAUGAAGCUAUCGUUAUUUAAAGAUAACACAGAUUAUGGGAAACAAACAUUCUCUCUGAGAUUUUCAUAUGCAUCACGAUGACGGCAAAAUAUUCUACAAAACUAAUUGAGUAGUAAAAUGUCUAACAAUUCGCUUACUUCUUUCGAUUUUAAUGAAAGAGAAAACACCACAAAAGUCUGACUGGAAACUUAAUUACAGAGGAUUGCGCCUUCAAGAAUGUUUUUCACAACAAACAACAAACACAUUUUAUGAAAAAAAAGUAAAUGAAAUUUCAAGAUUGAACACAAUCAGUUACACAAGUUUUUCGUUUACUGUACUUUAAUUCAAUUUACCUUUAUAGUACUAUAUAAGGAAAUUUUCAAAACUGAAUCAAAUUCAAAACAAAGUAAAUUCCGUGUCUGAUACACAGUAACAGUCUAAUUUUAAUAGGACAGAAACAUAUAGUACUUGGUUUUAAAAUAUACCAAUUUAAAUGAAACUGAACCAGGAAACGCUAUAUGAUUUCAACUUGGCUUGCUAAUUUUAAGUUUUGCAUUGUUAAAAUCUUCAUGUGUUAAUUAAAAGCUAAAAUAUACUGAAGACCAAUUAGUGGCCAUCGGUUGUUUUCUGCACUUUGGUCGGGUUGUUGUCUCUUUGACAGAUUCACGAUUUCCAUUCUCAAGUAUAACUUAGUCUGUGAUUGGCUUUUUGAUUAACAACAAUGACUUUGAAAGAGGGACGAAAGAUACCAGAGGGACAGUCAAACUCAUAAAUCGAAAAUAAACUGAAAACGCCAUGGCUAAAAUAAAAAAGACAAACAGACAAACAAUAGUACACAUGACACAACAACGAAAACUAAAGGUAUGUUACUUACUAACGUGCAUUUCAAUACCUAAUUCACCACAUUUGAAGGGAAAUCUUGUAAUAAAUAACAUGAACUAUAUGUAAAAGAGGGACGAAAGAUACCAAAGGGACAGUCAAAGUCAUAAAUCUGAAACAAAUUGACAACGCCAUGGCUAAAAAUGAAAAAGACAAACAGACAAACAAUAGUACACAUGACACAACAUAGAAAACCAAAGAAUAAACAACAUGUAAAAUAAAUACAGUGUCAUCGUCUUAGAAAUAGAUAUUGUUAAUUAUAUAAAGAAAGAACAUUUCGAAAACUAAAAUAGAAAUUUCCUGGAAAGUUCGCAUCACGGUCUUACGUUUAGAUACAAAUUUUGCAUAACGAUUGAUACAAUUACAAUUUGAACCUUGGAAUGAAGCACAUACCCCUGGGAAAUAUGUCUUAUCAAUUUACAGUAGUUAUAACGAAAUCUGCUACUUAGCAAUAUAUGUA